AUGCAAUCGGAGCGGCUGCGUCGGAGCUGGCUGACCCCGGCGCGGCGCGCGACCAUUUCACGGCAGUUGGCGGAGGGCCUGGCGUUCCUGCACGGCCUGCCGGGCCCGCGGGUUAUCCACCGGGACCUCAAACCCAACAACGUGUUGCUGGAGGCCGCGCCGUCACUGGGCAUCUGCGACUUUGGGCUGAGCCGCAUCCUGGCCGGCAACGAUGUGCAAUCCAGCAGUGCAGCGGGACACGCCUUUUGGAUGGCGCCUGAGCUGCUGCGCGCCCAACCGUACGACGAGAAAGCUGACGUGUACUCGUACGGCGUCAUCCUGUACCAGUUGGCUUAUUGGGUGGACGACCAGCUGUACGGCGGCUUGAAUAAGGCCCAGGUUGACUUCCAAGUGGUGCAUGGCAUCCUGCGGCUGCAAGACAGGCUGCCGUCAGGCAUUGACCCCGCCGUGCAGGCACUGGUACGCGACUGUGUAGACGAGGACCCGCGCAACCGGCCAUCCAUGUCGCAGGUUCUGGAGCGUCUGGCUAGUGUGCGGGAGCUGUCGCAGCCAGGCCAUGGCGGCACGGGCUCGGUGCACGGGGGCUCGGCGGCAGCCGUCACGGCGACGGCUGGCGGGCAUGGGGACGGCCUAGCGAGGCCAGCUGCAGGGGCCGCCACGGUUGCGGUUGCAGGCGGGGAUCCGGAGCAUCAUCGGCAGGUUUAGGAGCGUCCUGGCUGGCGUGCAAUUGUGUAUCUCUUCCCCUGUGUAUCUAAUCCUAUGGCGGGUCAUUGCCCGCCGCGUGGUUACUGCCCGGAAGCAGCCCGGCAGUUGCGGUGUGGAUUCUAAUGGGUCGGGGCGGGUUUUGCUUUGCAGCGGGAGUGCUGCUGAAGGGCGUGUGACGUGGGAUGCGUGUCGGAGGCUGAGGUAUUAUGGUGGAGCGCGCAAUCCUUUAUUCGGACCCAGUUUUCGUACUGAAGGAGCAACUCCAGUUAUCGUGGGAAGGUUGGUGUCUAUGCGUCAGCGCGUGUGUGUGUGCCGGGGCCAGGUCCUUUGUGCGAAGGCAAAGCCGUUGUGUGAAGUGCUUUCAUUAUGUGGGCUUUUUAUGUCGGUUGCUUGCGAGCCAUAGCCAUGUUGGUGUGCUCGCCCACCACCACAAUUAAGGCAAUCACGGAUGAGAGGAAAUCCCUGCACUGGCGUGGCGGCAACCAUGUAGUUAUUUGGUACUUGAGGAUUGGGGGGGAAACACAAGAGGACUGAGUGAAUACACAAGAUUGCUGAUGGUGCUUCAUCUAGCAUCUUGAUUCUGAUCAUUCGUGAGCAUUUGAGAAGUUGCAGGCGUACUCGCGAAUCUGCAUUUCCUGUGGCAUAUGUUGCCCC